AUGUGUGUGUGAUUGAGUCGGCAAAAUAAACUGAAAACCAGCAACCAAAUCCUCACAAACUUGGGGGGUUUUUCUAUUUCCGCGGACGAUUUCGAGAUCAAUGGACAAGCAGAAUGCAGAACCGGCGCCAAAGAACCAAAGUCUCUGGAUUUUGAAAUCAAUUUUCUCCAAGAAGACCAGCGCCGCCGCUGCCGAGAACCCGCCCAACGACAAUCCGCCGCUUCCUUUUCUCGCACCUCACACCAACUCCGUUGUUUCUCGUUGCUCCAAGAUUCUUGGCAUAUCAGCCAAAGAGUUACAGGCCCUAUUCGAUGUUGAGCUACCUGAUAAACUUAGGCAACCUCCAUCCUACGCUAGGAACUUCCUUGAAUUCUGCUCAUAUAAAGCACUGCAUUUGGCCACCACAAAACCCAAUUAUUUAACUGACAAGGAAUUUUGCCACCUGACAUUUGACAUGAUGGUCGCAUGGGAUGAUCCUGGUGUUGAUAGUAACCUCAUAGAUAAAGUACGAUUGGAAACAGCUUCUUGCAGCAAUCAGGACGUGGAGGGUGAAGAUGGUUGGUCAUUAUUUUAUUCCAAUUCAACCAAAAUGGCUUUUCAGGUUGAUGACAAGAAAACUGUUGGGCCAGAGGCUUUUGCUCGGAUAGCUCCUGCCUGUCCAGUUAUUGCAGAUGUAACCACGGUUCACAAUCUUUUUGAUGUUCUGACCAGUUCUUCAGGUUCCCGACUUCAUUUUCUGAUAUAUGACAAAUACCUUCGAAGUCUUGAUAAGGUUGCAAAGUCAGCACAAAAUGCAUUGGGACCACAGGCCAUUGCCGCUCUUUCACUUGCUGAUGAUGAAAUUAUUAUAGAUGUUGAUGGCACAGUUCCCACACAGCCAGUUUUACAGCAUAUUGGCAUGUCUGCAUGGCCAGAGCCUGUGUGUCUGGAAUUUCCUGAAUUCAAAGGUUGCUCGAGGAGAGACUAUUGGUUAGAUAUCUGUCUGGAGAUUCUACGGGCCCACAGGUUCAAUAGGAAAUAUGGUUUAAAGGGAAAUCAGCAAUCAGAAGUGCUUGCUCGGGCGAUUCUUGGAAUUUUUCAGUUUCAUGCAGUUAGAGAGGCCUUCCGCAUCUCAUUGUCCAACUACAAAGCAUUGUUGUGUUUUAACUUGGCUGAAAGUCUUCCGGGUGGAGAUAUGAUAAUAGAAACUCUAGCGAGUCAAAUGGCCCUCAUAACUCCUAGUGCUGGCCAGCAAGAUGUUUCUGUUUCUCCAAAUGCAAAUAGACGGCCCAUAUUCCCUGUUGCAUUUCUGACGCUUAUUAGACUAACAAUUGUUUCACCGAAAGAGGAAGAAGUAAAUGUAGAAGCAACAUAUCCCGCUGGGAAUCUUCAUGUUGGUGUAGCAAAUCCUCUAGAAGCUGUCGUGAAGCAGUUGGAACAGGACACUGGAAAGGCUGAAGCUGCUCAAGCCACUGUGGAUCAAGUGAAAGUUGAAGGGAUCGAUACAAAUGUAGCAGUGAUGAAGGAGUUGCUCUUCCCAGUUAUUGAGAUAUAUAGCCGGAUUGAACGUCUGGCUUCCUGGAACGAUCCCUACAAGUCAUUGAUGUUUGUGGUAAUAUUUAGCUAUUUGAUAGUUAGGGGUUGGAGCAAGUACUUAGUACCAUCCAUUUUGGUAUUUAUGGCACUCGUGAUGCUGUGGCGCAAAUACUUUUGGAGAAGAAGACAACUGGAGGCAUGCAAAAUUGUAGCUCCCCCUAGUAAGAAUGCAGUGGAGCAGCUGCUACUAUUACAAGAAGCAAUAUCGCAAGUUGAGUCAUUAAUCCAAAGUGGCAAUGUCGCUUUUCUAAAAAUAAGAGCACUUCUUUUUGCUGUUGCACCACAGGCGACGGAUAAGCUGAGUGUGGUGUUGAUUGCAAUGGCUUUGGGACUUGUAUUUGUGCCAUUGAGAUAUGUGAUCUUGAUGGGUUUUCUGGAGUAUUUCACGAGAUAUAUGCCGUUGAGAAGGGAAGAUACUGAAAGAGGGAUGAGAAGGUUGAAGGAAUGGUGGAUCAGGAUACCAGCAGCUCCUGUUCAGAUUGUCAAGCUAGAUGACAAAAAGAGGAAAUGAUCACCAACCAUUUUCUACUUUCUCUGUGUAAAUAUUUUCCCUUAAUGUAUUAGGUUGUCUUGGAAAAAUACUAGUGCAGGCCUAUAUAUUUGUCAACAUCAGUUUAAUUUCACCAUUAUCCAGGUGAAAUGUUGUGUUGUAGUACUAUUAUAUACUCAUGCUAAGAAGGCCAUACAUGCUGUAGACCCUUUCCUCGUAUAUAUUAAAAAUAAAAGGA